AAAAAACGCAACCAUGAAGGGUGAUUGAUGCUGAACGAGUUCAAUAGUUUUCAUUCAUUCCAAUCUUGUGGAGCAAGAGACACAGAAUCUCCAUCAAUUCCUCAAUUUUGACGUUACAGACAACAAAAAGUUAACACUUUUGAAGCAAACAGAAAGAGAGAGAAACAGAGUGAGUCUCAUAACUCAUUUCUUUGAGUUGCAUUGCACCUUUGUUGUGAUCACCUUCCAAAAUUUGGUUUUUCAUUGACCCUUUAGGCUAAUUUUCUCAAAUCUCAUUGGGUGUCAUCGGUGUUUGGAAUCUGGGAAAAUGGGGUUGUUUUUUGGGAUUUUUCUGGGGGUAGUAUUCGGCGUAGCAUUGAUGGCUGGUUGGGAGCGCAUGAUGAGGUACCGGAGUGCCAAGCGAAUUGCAAAGGCGGUUGAUGUUAAACUCCUUGGGUCCCUUAACAGAGAUGAUCUAAAGAAAAUUUGUGGUGAAAAUUUUCCUGAAUGGAUAUCUUUUCCUGUAUAUGAGCAGGUGAAAUGGCUAAAUAAGCUGCUGUCCAAACUAUGGCCAUUUGUGGCAGAUGCAGCAACUUUGGUGAUAAGAGAAUCUGUUGAACCGUUAUUAGAAGAGUACAGACCUCCUGGAAUUACUUCAUUGAAGUUCAGUAAGCUGUCUCUCGGAACUGUCGCUCCGAAAGUUGAAGGUAUUCGUGUUCAGAGUCUUAACAAAGGUCAAAUCAUAAUGGACAUUGAUUUCCGUUGGGGUGGUGAUCCCAAUAUUGUUUUGGGUGUUGAAGCAGCACUUGUUGCAUCAAUCCCUAUUCAGUUGAAGGAUCUCCAGGUUUUCAGCAUUAUCCGUGUUAUAUUCCAACUUGCUGAAGAGAUCCCCUGCAUUUCUGCUGUUGUUGUUGCCCUACUUGCAGAGCCGAAGCCUAGAAUUGAUUACACUCUGAAGGCUGUUGGUGGGAGUUUGACGGCACUUCCUGGAGUUUCAGAUAUGAUUGAUGAUACUGUGAACUCAAUUGUUACUGAUAUGCUCCAAUGGCCUCAUAGGAUUGUUGUUCCACUUGGUGGUAUUCCUGUUGAUACUAGUGAACUGGAGCUUAAACCGCAGGGAAGGCUUACUGUGACUGUGGUGAAAGCAAAUGAUUUAAAGAAUAAGGAAAUGAUUGGGAAGUCUGAUCCUUAUGUGGUUGUGUAUAUUCGCCCACUGUUUAAGGUUAAAACGAAGGUUAUUGAUAACAACCUCAAUCCUAUUUGGAAUGAGGUCUUUGACUUGAUAGCAGAAGACAAGGAGACCCAGUCACUCAUUCUUGAGGUUUAUGAUAAAGACAUUGGGCAAGAUAAACGAUUGGGAAUAGCAAAAUUACCACUGAUUAACCUGGAAGCAGAAACUGAAAAGGAGCUCGAAUUGAGGCUGCUGUCAUCACUUGAUACCCUGAAAGUGAAAGAUAAGAAGGAUAAAGGAACCUUGACAAUAAAGAUCCUUUAUCAUCAAUUUGACAAGGAAGAACAGUACGCUGCACUAGAAGCGGAGAAAAGGAUACUAGAAGAAAGGAAGAAACUGAAAGAGGAGGGAGUUAUUGGAAGCACAAUGGAUGCACUAGAUGGAGCGGCAUCAGUAGUCGGGUCUGGUGUUGGAAUGGUUGGUACUGGUGUUGCUGCUGGUGCCGGGCUUGUGGGAAGCGGCAUUGGUGCUGGAGCCGGGCUUGUUGGCAGCGGCAUUGGUGCUGGAGUUGGGAUUGUUGGAAGUGGUCUCGGUGCUGUCGGUAGUGGACUGAGCAGGGCUGGUAAGUUCAUGGGGAGAACAAUCACAGGGCAAGGUGUAUCCAGAAGGAGUGGUUCUUCUACUCCUGUCGCUAAUUUUGAGGAGAAUGAUGGUGGUGCGAAGCCACGGUAAUUCUUGCAUGGACACUGAUAGAGUAAUGGGAAUGAUCUUGAAUCCUUAGUUUAAGCUUUCACAGUUGAUAGAUUGGUCAUGUUGCUUGUUCUUUUCCAUAAUCUGUGGCUGGAUUUAAUGGAAUAGAGUGAGCAUGAUAGCAGAAAUUUCGAUUUAGAGCCUGUUUGUUAAAAACACAAAACGGGGAAAUGUUACAUCCCAGAGGCAUGUUAGAAGUAGCUAGUUGUUACUUUUCUGUUUUGUUAAUCUAAAUGAAGAGAUAGAACGUUGUCCAAACAGGCUCUAAGUUUUAGUUUUACUCCCUUGUUUUAUCUGUAAUUAUUAACCAGGAUGUGUAAUAAAAGUGUAAAAUCUAAUCUUACUUAUUGCAUUUCCCCUUCAGUUCA